AUGCCGGACGAUAAGCCGGAGCUGCCGCGGCCCUACAAGUGCCCCCUCUGCGAAAGGGCCUUCCACCGCCUCGAGCACCAGACAAGACACAUCCGCACUCACACCGGCGAGAAGCCGCAUGCCUGUCUCUUCCCCGGAUGCGCAAAGCGCUUCAGCCGGUCAGACGAGCUCACCAGGCACUCGCGCAUCCACUCCAACCCCAGGAAGCCCGGCAAGCAUCACCACCACCACUCCCACCACCAUCACCAGCCCACCGCCGCUGUCGGCCCUGCUCCUUCUCAUACGGCUGCUGGUCCUGGUGCUGGUGGUGGUAUUCUCGAUGGCAAGGCGAGGUCGGCUCCCGUCAGCCAGGCGGUCUCUCCAAAUGUCUCGCCGCCUCACUCCUACGCCGUUCCCUACGCUGCUCACUCGCCCUCGACACUCAACCCUUACGCCAGGCCCGUCACCGUCUCUGCGCCCGCCUCGGCUGCCUCCACCAUGGACAUCAACAUGCUGGCCUCCGCCGCCAGCCAGGUAGAGCGAGACCACCAGCUCGCUCCCUCUCCUACCACCGCCGCAGCCGGCACAACCACAACCACAAACACAAACAACUCGACAUACAGGCAUCGGACGGGAUACAGCCACUAUCCUCCCUCCAUGGCUCCGACACCUCCUGCAGCUCCUUCCACCACCAACAAUAGCUCGCCAUCUCAGAUGCAGAUACCCCCUGUUCCAGGCCUCCCCCAGGCACCGGCCAGGCUGCCCUCGCUCUCCGCCUACGCCAUCUCCAUGACCCGCUCCCACUCGGACGAAGAGCACCAUCACCACCACCACCACCAUCACCAUCACCACAGCAGCAACGGCCACAGCCAUAACCACAACCACUACGCCUACAGGACGAAACGGUCUCGGCCGUCUUCGCCCAACUCCACGGCUCCUUCGUCUCCUACACUCUCUCAUUCUUCGCUCUCUCCCACGCCAGACCACACCCCGCUGGCCACGCCCGCCCACUCGCCCAGACUAAGGCCGUACUCCUAUGUCUCGCCGGACCUCCAGCUUCCGUCCAUCAGACAGCUGAGUCUGGCUGCUCAUGCUCCUGCUCCCGCCCUGGCGCCCAUGGAGCCUCACACAGACACCUCCUCGUCUCACUCCACUCUCACCCACUCCACUUACUCUGCUCCCAUAACGCCUGCAGCCACAGCCACAGUCACCUCUCCUCUGGGGGCCGGUGUCAAGGGGCCCUCGAUAAGCGACAUCAUGCACCGUGCAGAUGGGACGCAGCGGAAACUGCCUGUGCCCCAGGUGCCCAAGGUAGCCAUCCAGGAAGUCCCCUUGGACCUGGACAGAUAUUAA